UCGCUUCGGCUCUUCGCUGGCGCGGUGACGAUAAGCAGCGAGCGGACAAGGAUGCUCCGUAGUCUGGUGCGCACACUUCUGUCUCCAGCUCUCCACAGUCACCAUGGAGGAGCCUAAUUAAAUGCACAGACUCCGUGUGCGUGUCUCCGCUGCUCCGGAUGGGGGGUGCCGAUGAGCUUUUCAUUUCGUUUCGUUUUACUUUAGGAUUUGCAAGCGUCUCUCGCCCCGUUUGAAGCCCGAGCGGAGAGGACCGCGGCGGAUCCGCGAAGUCUUCAAUUUCACAAGAGGCAAAUUAUGCCAGCAGCAUCAGAGUCGCUCACCCUGGUGACGUGCCAGCUCAUUGGUCAGACUACUCUGCCCUUCGCUUGCCUCCUCAUCUGCCCUGGCAGAUCGACGCUGCUGGAUGCUCCUCAAAGAGCCACGCCCACACCAUGAGCGCCAACGGGCCUGCCCCAGAACCAGCCCCAGAAGCCCCUCCCAUCUCAACCCCCGCCCCGACACCGGCCCCUGCUCCGGCUCCGGCCCCAGCCCCGGCCCCGGCGCCAACCCCACCCGCCCCGCCUGCCCCGACAUCCUCUACCAUACCGGUAGGUGCGUUGGCUCAGAAGAAGCGGCAGCAGUAUGCUAAAAGCAAGAAGCAAGGCAGCAACGCCAAUAGCAGGCCACCGAGGGCUCUCUUCUGCCUCAACCUCAACAACCCUCUACGCAGGGCCUGCAUCAGUGUGGUGGAGUGGAAGCCAUUUGAUAUCUUUAUAUUAAUUGCUAUUUUUGCCAACUGCAUGGCCUUAGCUGUCUACGUCCCUUUUCCUGAAGACGAUUCCAACUCCACAAACCACGAUCUGGAAACAGUUGAAUAUGCCUUCCUCAUCAUUUUCACUAUUGAGACCUUUCUGAAGAUUAUCGCUUAUGGUUUGGUUAUGCACCAGAAUGCAUAUGUGAGAAACGGCUGGAACAUGCUGGAUUUUGUCAUUGUGGUUAUCGGACUCUUCAGUGUUGUCUUGGAAUUUUUGACCAAAGAUGAGAAGCUGGAAGGCGACGGAGCCAGUAGCCAUCCGUCUACGCAUGGCCACGGGGGUAAGUCCGGUGGAUUUGACGUUAAAGCCCUUCGAGCCUUCCGUGUGCUGCGACCCCUGCGGCUGGUCUCAGGAGUACCCAGUUUACAGGUGGUGUUGAACUCCAUCAUUAAAGCCAUGGUUCCUCUGCUGCACAUUGCCCUCCUUGUCCUGUUUGUCAUCAUCAUCUAUGCCAUUAUCGGCCUGGAGCUUUUCAUCGGUAAAAUGCACGCAACCUGCUAUAUAGCCGGAACAGAUUUGAUAGCAGAGGACGAACCAGCUCCCUGUGCGAUCUCAGGGCACGGGCGGCAAUGCUCCAUCAACGGCACCCACUGCAGAGAAGGAUGGCACGGCCCCAACGGUGGCAUCACCAACUUCGACAACUUUCUGUUUGCCAUGCUGACGGUGUUUCAGUGCAUCACUAUGGAGGGCUGGACAGACGUGCUGUACUGGAUGAACGAUGCUAUGGGCUUUGAGCUUCCAUGGGUUUACUUUGUCAGUCUUGUGAUCUUCGGCUCCUUUUUCGUUCUUAACCUGGUUUUGGGUGUGUUGAGCGGAGAGUUCUCCAAGGAGAGAGAGAAAGCCAAAGCUCGAGGAGACUUCCAGAAGUUGCGUGAGAAGCAGCAGCUGGAGGAGGACCUGAAGGGCUACCUGGACUGGAUCACUCAGGCUGAAGAUAUUGACCCUGACAACGAGGACGAGGCUGAGGAGGGGAGCAAGCGGAACCGGGUGACUCUGGCUGACCUCACUGAGAAGAAGAAAGGAAGGUUUGGGUGGUUCAGCCAGUCGUCCGACACUCAUGCGAGCGUGCCAGCCAGCGAAACAGAAUCUGUGAACACCGAGAAUCAGAACGGGGAGGAUGAAAAGACACCCUGCUGUGGACCUUUGUGUCAAAAAAUUUCAAAGUCAAAGUUCAGUCGGCGCUGGCGCCGCUGGAACAGGUUCUGCCGCAGGAAGUGCCGUUUGGCUGUGAAGUCGGUACCUUUUUAUUGGCUGGUCAUCAUCCUGGUGUUUCUCAACACCCUCACCAUCUCGUCAGAGCAUUACAACCAGCCUAUGUGGUUAACACAAGUGCAGGAUGUGGCAAACAAGGUGCUGCUGGCCCUCUUCACGUGUGAAAUGUUAGUGAAGAUGUACAGUCUGGGACUGCAAGCCUAUUUUGUGUCCUUGUUCAACCGCUUCGACUGCUUUGUGGUGUGCGGAGGAAUCACUGAAACCAUUCUGGUCGAGCUGGAAAUCAUGUCUCCUCUUGGGAUUUCCGUGUUCCGCUGCGUCCGUCUGCUGAGGAUCUUUAAGGUCACACGGCAUUGGCAAUCUCUGAGUAACCUGGUGGCAUCCCUGCUCAACUCCAUGAAGUCCAUUGCUUCCCUGCUGCUGCUCCUCUUCCUCUUUAUCAUCAUCUUCUCCCUGCUGGGCAUGCAGGUGUUUGGUGGAAAGUUCAACUUUGACGAAACCCAGACGAAGAGGAGCACCUUUGACAACUUUCCUCAAGCCCUUCUCACAGUGUUUCAGAUCCUGACUGGAGAAGACUGGAACGCUGUCAUGUAUGAUGGGAUCAUGGCGUACGGAGGCCCCUCCUCCUCUGGGAUGAUUGUGUGCUUUUACUUCAUUAUUCUCUUCAUAUGCGGAAACUAUAUCCUCCUGAAUGUCUUCUUGGCUAUUGCUGUGGACAAUCUGGCAGAUGCGGAGUCUCUCAACACAGAUGAAGGAGACAAAAAAGG